GAUGGAUAUCUUUCGCUGAUAAGACUUCAGAGAUUUCGGUGUUUGGGAAGUUUAAUUUUAUUAGAUGGUCCUCGAUCGGAGGUGCUGAAAUGCAGCCAGCAUAAUUUGAGCGAGUUGUUCACCCUCCCCAUUUGCCCACAGACAGCAUCACCACAUCGCAGGCUGAGGAAAAGAGAGAGAGACCAAUAGCAGCAUCUGAGAAAAGGAGUCUAGGUAGAGAGAUGGAUUAAUAACAUCAACUAGAAGACAAAGGAAAACAUGGAUACACAGGAUAACAUUUCUUUCACCCAAGCAUCUGACAGGAUGCGGAGUUUACCCUGCACAUAGUCGGAGUUAUGCACGGACUAUUCCCCCGUUUUAAUGAGGCGGGUGGGGACCCGCAGCAAGCUGAAAAGGCGGAAAGAUUUCUCUAACCCGUCUGCAAAUUCUGCCUGCCUGCGAUGGCUGUGACGGUCAGAUGCUGUUACAGUGCAAAGGAGAAUGUGCCUUUUUCUUUAUAUUUGUUUAUAUUGGUGCUUGGUGGCCUUACAAAUGCACAAAUUCGAUAUUCUAUUCCGGAGGAACAAGAGAACGGAGCAGUGGUGGGUGACAUUGUCCGCGAUUUAGGUCUGGAUCUAAGAAAACUUUCCAACCGACGCAUUAAAAUCACAUCGGACAGUGGACGGAGAUAUUUCAGCAUAAACCAUAAAACUGGGAAACUGGUGGUGAGUGACCGCAUUGACCGAGAGACAGUUUGUGAAUUCAGUAGCACCUGUUCACACAAUCUGGAGGUGGUGUUAGAAAAUCCACUGGAGACGCAUAACGUGGAGGUGGAGAUUUUGGACGUAAACGACAACACGCCCCAGUUCCCUCGAGAUGAAUAUCAGCUUGAGGUGUCAGAGUCCGCACUCACUGGGUCGCGGUUUCAAAUCGAAGGAGCUCAAGACGCAGAUCAGGGCUCCAACUCCGUGAAUCAGUACCGACUUAGUCCUAACGACCACCUCACAUUAGACUCUAUAAAACCCUUUUCCAAUAACAAGCACAUCGAGCUCAUUCUGAAGAAGCCCUUUGACCGCGAGAAGAUGCCCUCUCAUCAGCUUAUCCUAACAGCAAUGGAUGGAGGAACGCCACAGCGAACUGGCACAGCCAAAAUCAAUGUCCGUAUCCUUGAUGCCAAUGACAAUGUGCCUGCAUUUAACAGUUCUGUGUAUAAAGUAAAACUUUAUGAAAACUCUCUGAAAGGGGCACUUGUAAUCAAGCUAAACGCAACAGACCCUGAUGAGGGCUCAAAUGGAGAGGUUUUUUAUUCUUUUAGUAGUUACACACCAGAAAGAGUCAGACAGAUGUUUUCCAUGGAAACAAACACAGGAGAAAUAAGAGUGAAAAAUAAUAUAGACUAUGAGGAAACUAACUCAUAUGAAAUGUAUAUACAAGCAAUGGACAAGGGUCCAGCCCCUGUGGCAGUGCACUGCAAAGUAGUUGUAGAAGUUUUGGAUGUUAAUGACAACAUUCCUGAGAUUGUAUUGUCCUCACUCUCCAGCCCUGUUCGUGAAGAUGCCCGGGCCGACACAGUGGUGGCAUUGAUCAGUGUGAAUGAUCGUGACUCUGGACAAAAUAAACAAAUAACCCUAGAGAUCAUGCCCCAUUUGCCUUUUAAGAUCAAGUCCUUCCGAAACCACUACACAAUUGUAACAUCUGCUUUCCUGGACCGGGAGACCAUCUCAUCUUAUAAUGUCACUGUCAGUGCUGUAGAUGGAGGCACUCCAGCCCUGUCAUCUCAAAUGACCUUUAAAGUAGAUGUUGCAGACGUCAAUGACAACCCACCUCGUUUUGAGCAGACUUCAUAUACUGUUUAUAUUACAGAGAACAAUGCUCCUGUGGCACCUCUCUGUGUUGUCAAGGCUACAGACGCUGAUGCUACAGAAAAUGCACGUAUCACCUAUACUGUCCUGAAUGACAACAACCAUGGUAUCCCUGUAGCUAGCUAUGUCAGCAUCAAACCUAAUACAGGUGAGGCCUAUGCAUUGCGAGCCUUUGACUUUGAAAAGCUGCAAGAGUUUCAUUUUCAGGUGAAAGCCCAGGACAAUGGUGUGCCUCCCCUAAGCCGUGUGGCCACAGUGUAUGUUUACAUUAUGGAUCAAAAUGACCAUGUGCCCAAGAUUGUCUACCCACCUGCCAACAGCAGCCGCACAGUACAGACACUAAUGAAAAACGCUGAAGCAGGAGUGUUAGUUUGCAAAGUCACAGCAUGGGAUGGUGAUGCAGGGCAGAAUGCUUGGCUGUUUUAUACCCUGGAGCAAACUAAUGGAGACCUUGACCUUUUCAAGAUGCAUGAGUACACAGGUGAGAUCCGCACCACAAGGCGUGUGAUAGAAGAUAACUCCACCACCUUUGUUCUGACUGUCAUGGUGCAUGACAAUGGCUUACCACCUCUUUCUUCUAUGGCUACCAUACAUGUACAUGUGAUGGAGCUGCCUCCAAAGUUGACACCUGACCCCAGGCGCAUCAUCAGACCCGACAGCCCCUUAAUGUUUUCCACGGUCACGCUCUACCUCAUCAUUGCACUGUGUGCCACAACUUUUGUAUUUUUGGUCACUGUCUUUGUUCUGGCCAUUGUGCGUUGCCAUGCAUAUUGUACCCAGCCUGGCUCCUGCUCUCCAUGUUGUAUAUCCAAGAAAAGUGUACCGGAAGGAGGUGCAUCAGCAGUUGGUGGUGGAGGAAGAGCUGCAAGUGGAGGUGGUGGUGGAGGAGGUGGAGCAGGAGCAGGGCAGCCAAACAGUAAUGUGGCCCUGCGCCGUGACCUCAAAGUGGAACCGCAUUAUAUUGAAGUGCGGGGAAAUGGGUCUUUAACCAAAACAUACUGUUACAAGACAUGCUUGACUGCAACAUCAGGAAGUGACACUUUUAUGUUCUACAACACGGGCCGGCCACACAGUGGCACAUGGGGCUCGGGCUACGUCACCAGUCACAGUGGACAGAGCCAGAUAUUUGUACGCCGUCUCAGUAUGCCAGAUGCAACUGCUAUUCAGCCCAAGGCUCCUAAUGCGGAUUGGAGAUACUCAGCCUCCUUGAGAGCAGGAGGAGUAAUGCAAAGCUCAGUACACAUGGAAGAGUCUUCAGUCAUGCAAGGAGCCCAGGGUGUCCUGGUUCAGAACUGGCCUACUGCAUCCAGUGCUGCUGAUGGUGAAGGAGGAGAAGUUUCACCUCCAAUGGGUGCCGGUGUAGACAGCAACAGCUGGCACUUCCGCUAUGGCCCAGGUGGCCCUGGUGCACCACCACAGCACCUGAAGCCUGGUGAGGUUCCUCCAGAAGCAUUCAUCAUCCCUGGCUCCCCUGCCAUAAUAUCUAUCAGACAAAACCAGGGAGGAGAGGAUGACAAGAGUGAUUUCAUCACAUUUGGAAAGAAAGAAGAAGCAAAGAAGAAAAAGAAGAAAAAGAAGGAGAAGAAAGACAAGAAGGAUAAGGGGAAGGAUGACGAUGAGUAGAGGAGCAGAGAUAGCAAAGAAGAAAAGGGUGUUGCUAAAACAGAGGUACCAAUCAAAGUCCAUGGGCAAAAAGAAAAUAUUUAAUCACCUGUUUCAUUCAUACCUAAUAUCACCAAUAACAUUUCAAAGCUCUCUUUUGGGUGAUCCUGGCCUUACCAAGAUAUGUUUUACCCUAACCUCAUUACUGAGGUAAAUUAUUGAGCUUAGCAUUAUAUAACAAAUUAUACAAUAUCCAAUAGAAUGACUGAUUUUUAUCCACACCCCCGUGUGUACAGCCUGAGUCAACUCAUGUCAUCCUUUUAAGAAAGGAAUUACCUCUCUUUGGCCUUGUCUUAAAGUUCUGUUCUUUGACCCACUGGACAUGUUGGCACCUCUGUCUUAUCCCAUCCCCAACUGCAAUGUGUAAACCAUUCUCUCAUCCUGGAGACCAAUACUUUGUACAAGAAUAACAAAAAGCUGUGCCAGCCAAGGAAAAGAAGAAACAUGACAAAGACUGACAUCAAUGUAUGCAGUCUGGAGCUGGACACACUACUUGUAAAUAGCACAGGCAAGAGUCAUUGUAACUAAGGCUAACAUGGCACUGCUGCAGAUUCCACCGGUGAUUACUGACAGUAUUCCCUGAAAUCUCAUUAAAAACAUGCACACACGCAUGCUUACACAUUCAAACAUGCAAACACAAACUUCUUAACCAUGCCUAACUGGACACAGAAAGCACUCGAGGCCUAAAAAGAGGGAGACAAUUAAAACAAGGGGUAAAAAUGAACUGGCAAAAAGAAAUGUGCUACAUGACACUGCAAGCUCUUUGCCCUGCAAAGCCACCUCUGAGGCGCGCACUCUCUCGGGAUGGAGGCUGCAUCAUUUGCAACCACUCUGUAUUAGCUCACUACAUUGGAAGGACACAAAAAGCUUCAUCCACUGCUAGAACCCCAGCUGAGGAAUGCAGAGACCACAAAAAAAAAAGAAAAAAAAAAGAAAGAUGGGAAGAUAUCUCACGUUUUUCUCAGGAUCACUGAGAGGAAAAUGCAGCUGAGCUGGCUUGAGACUCGCAGUUAGUCAGUGGACUCUGAUGAAACCUUGAAGAAUAUUAGGAGAGAUUUUGAUAUCACCUUCUCUUCUUCCCCUGCUGCAGGACAAGCCUAAUGCUUUCUGCUUUGAAUGUUUGGUAGCAACCAAUCCUUACCUAAUGCUUUGAGUUUACAAAUGCUUACCCUUCUGUUCUUGCCCCAAGCUACCAUCAGCCAUCUUCUCCUCAUACCAUUUAUUUCACUACUCGUUACCCAUCCUACUUAUUCCCCAAUAAUGUAACGAUAAGGUUUGCGAACUUGCUCUUUUUCAUGUUUUCUUUAAAGAGAUUCCUUACUACAUGUUCUAGAUUUUUUUCUUCUUCAAAGCUUUAAUUGCUUCAUCCUUUACAUGUCCAUGUUCAUGUAUCCCUGGACACUGAUCUUAAACCUUAAACCUACCCACUCUGACCCCCUGCUCAGGAUCAGUCUUGAGAAUGGCCUGCUCUGAACAUUGUGGUGUGCUAAAAACAGCAUGGAGUAAUGUGGACGAGGCCUAGGGAGGCCCAGUCGGGGCCCUGGGCCCUGAACCCUUGUCAUAUGUUUCUCAAGUGCAAAACGGUUCAGUGCUUUUAACUUGUGAAUACUAAAGUAUGUGGUUAAUUUCCUGUUUGUAGCCACUGAUGAGAGGAUACCAGGUGGGAUGAGGCUGAUUACAGGGAUUGAGAAGGACUGGGAUAAAUCAGGAGAUGGGUGCUGUGGGCUGGCCCGAAUCUACAAACUUGAUUGUUUAGACACAUUGAGUCACAAUAUUAUCACAUUAGCUUCUAUUUACGCUUUAAUGUUGUCUAGACUUUUUCACAGAUUGUUUUCACAUUAGAAACUGAAACUUGAGAAAAAUAUGGGCAUCUAAGGAUUCUAUCCCAGAGCUAUAUCCCACUGACCCUCUCUCAGGAGGUUUUGAAAAAGGGGCACAUGCAUGCCUCAAGGCUUGCUUCUGUUGGUUCCCCUCCCUUUGCCUGUAACUUGUUGCCACGUCCCCAGAGUUUUGCGGCUCAGUAUGAUGUCACUCCAUUAAGUGGCUGCUGCAUGUACUGCUCUAAGGAAACACAUACUAUAUAGAGAAAAAUAUAUAUAUAGAUAGAUGGUUAUGAUUUUAUUAUUUUGUAUUAUCAAUUUUCUUCAUUACUCACACAGGAGAUACUUGUAUGUAUGGCUGUCUCUGCCAAACAUCUAUGUAAUAGAGUCUUCACGCUCCACAGAUGUUGUAUGGCAUCCACUAAACCUCUCUUUAGAUAUUUGUAAAUGCUAUAGUGUGAUACCUUUCAGCGCAAGUUUAUCAUUUUUUAUUUUACCAACUGAUUUGCUUUUGAGAACAAGCAAGAAAAAACACUCUGUGUCUGUCUUUGACAUGACGAUGUAACUAACACUAUUAUUGUAACUGAAAUAUGUAUGAGCUUAUGAAGAGCUUUCACUUCCCUUUCACUCUUAUAAAAAGAAAAAAAUGAAAGAAAAAAAACUGUGUGAAAAGAAAAAUAAAUAAAAUGACAAAAAAAAAGUUAUAUGUUAGUGUAUGCUUGUAUUUAGUGAGUGUUCAUGCUGUCAUUUUUCCCAAUGUAUGGUGGUGAACUAUGGUGGCAAUGCGCUGUCCUAAUGGAUCAGCAGAGAUCUGUUGUAAAACCUUAUUUGUACACCCUCUCAUCAAUUGUGAUAGUGGAGUAGUGAAAUUCAUUUAUUUCAUUUAUUUUCUGACUUUUUAUUUUACCUAUAUGGAUACCGUUGUAAUGUGUUUGGUUUAUAAAUCACUAAUAAAGUUUUCUUUCUUAAAAAUG